CGCAGGUUCGCUGCCGGGAGCGCAGGAGGCAGGGACAUGGCUAGGGUGCGGUCUGCGCGGGGCCCCGAGCCCGGAUCUCUUCCAUUUCCCCUCUCACUCGACCCGGGGCCGCGCCGCAGACGGCAGCAGCUCCAGCUCUAUCCGCCGAGCCUCCUGACCGCCGGGCCGGGGCGCUAACCACGGGUCCCUCCAGCCCGCCGCCCGGCCCCGGCCAACCCAGCCCAGCCCCGCCGGCCCGCAGCCCCGCCGCCCGCCGCCCCCCGCCGUCGCCGCGUUGCCAAAACAAACGGGCCGGCCUAUUUAUUGGCGGCCGGCGAGCCGGGCAGCUCAGAGUCGAGGCGCCGAGGGGGACAGCCGCGCCGCCAAGCAGCCAGGGCCCCUGGCCCCCGCCCCGCACCUGAGUCCCGCCGGCCUUGAGCCGCGUCGCGCUGCCCAUGGCGCCCCCGCCUGGAGUCCCCAAGAGCCACCCAGACGCCUGAGUUCCCCCCCCUCCGAGGCUCUCCCGGCCACGCGAGCCACCCAUCAGCCCACCAAGGCACCCUCGCCCGCGGCUCUCCCCGGGCUACCCGGCCAUGUCUCCCGCCUGGCUCCGGCCCGGACUGCGCUUCUGUCGCCUCCUCCUCCUCCUCCUGCUCCUGCUGCUGCUGCUGCUGGUGCCGGCGGCGCGGGGGUGCGGGCCGGGCCGGGUGGUGGGCAGCCGCCGGAGGCCACCUCGCAAGCUCGUGCCUCUCGCCUACAAGCAGUUCAGUCCCAACGUGCCGGAGAAGACCCUGGGCGCCAGCGGGCGCUACGAGGGCAAGAUCGCGCGCAGCUCCGAGCGCUUCAAGGAGCUCACCCCCAACUACAACCCCGACAUCAUCUUCAAGGACGAGGAGAACACGGGGGCCGACCGCCUCAUGACCCAGCGCUGCAAGGACCGUCUGAACUCGCUGGCCAUCUCCGUCAUGAACCAGUGGCCCGGUGUGAAGCUGCGGGUGACCGAAGGCUGGGAUGAAGACGGCCAUCACUCCGAGGAGUCUUUACACUACGAGGGGCGCGCGGUGGAUAUCACCACCUCAGACCGCGACCGAAACAAGUACGGACUGCUGGCGCGCUUGGCCGUGGAGGCCGGCUUCGACUGGGUGUAUUACGAGUCCAAGGCCCACGUGCAUUGCUCUGUCAAGUCUGAGCACUCGGCUGCUGCCAAGACCGGCGGCUGCUUUCCUGCCGGAGCCCAGGUGCGCCUAGAAAACGGGGCGCGUGUGGCCCUGUCAUCUGUGAAGCCAGGAGACCGGGUGCUGGCCAUGGGGGAGGACGGGAACCCCACCUUCAGUGACGUGCUCAUUUUCCUGGACCGUGAGCCAAACAGGCUGAGAGCUUUCCAGGUCAUCGAGACCCAGGACCCUCCACGACGGCUGGUACUCACGCCUGCCCACCUGCUCUUCAUCGCUGACAAUCACACGGAACACGCAGCCCACUUCCGGGCCACAUUUGCCAGCCACGUGAGGCCAGGCCAAUAUGUGCUGGUAGCAGGGGUGCCGGGCCUGCAGCCUGCUCAGGUAGCAGCUGUGUCCACCCACGUAGCCCUUGGGUCCUACGCGCCGCUCACGAGGCAUGGGACGCUGGUGGUGGAGGACGUGGUAGCCUCCUGCUUUGCAGCGGUGGCUGACCACCACCUGGCUCAGUUGGCCUUUUGGCCCCUGCGACUGUUUCCCAGUUUGGCAUGGGGCAGCUGGACCCCAAGUGAGGGUGUUCACUGGUACCCUCGGCUGCUCUACCGCCUGGGGCGUCUCUUGCUGGAAGAGAGCAGCUUCCAUCCCCUGGGCAUGUCUGGGGCAGGAAGCUGAAAGGAUUCGAACCACUGUCCUCCUGGAACUGCAAUGCUGGAUCCCAAGGCCUCCUCACCAGGAAGGCUCUAACUCUGGAAGGCACCUGGCCUGAGGAUACUGGUCUCCAUCCUCCGCUCCAGAGUGGAGAUACCAUUGAGACUCGCCCAGGUAGUUCUGGGCCCCACACUCUCAUCUUGGUGUAGUGGUAGAGCUGUGAACUGAGCUGACACGGGGGUGGUAGGCUCUCUUCUCCUAGAGACCAACACCCAGCUAGCUCUAUGAUCCCUCACACCCCCACCUCCCUGCAUGGGGAGGACCCAAUCCAUCUGUCUUUGGACUGCUUAUUCCAGUUUCUCGGGGUCUGGGUGUGUGGCUCCACUGUUGACAAGUGUUCACGGUAUGAAGAGAGUCUGCCCGUAGGUGGGCUUGCACCUCAGUCGAUGCUGCUAGAUUCCCUAAAGGCCAGCAGGGAGCUGGCUGGACUCAUUGCCUCUCAGAACGGAAAGACCGCAGCCAGCCUGGCUGUCCUGGAACACAACCUUCCCUGCAGGCCACACUCCUCCAGACAUACCCCGAGUCUUUGCUGUCAAAGGGUGGAGUCUUUGUUCCAGGCAAUGUGACCCUAGAACCUGGGGCUGGGGUAGAAGGCUGGAUGUCCUUGCCACCCCUGCCCAGGCUAAGCUCCCUUUUCUGCUGAACUCCCCCCCCCCCAACCCACUCCUCCAGUCUGUCUCCCUCACCUUAUUUAUUUACAUGGAAGGGAAAACCAAUGGGAGAAUUUUGGGAAUGUUUUGGUCUUUCUUUUGUAAUAAAAAUUAUUUAAGUUGUUA